GUCUGUGUGUGCGUGCGUGUGGGCUCACGCGUCACCAUCCAAAAUGCUUCUGAGCCGCAGCUCGGCAUAGUAGCCCCACACGGCCGAUGGCUUGAUGAUCUGCCUGAUCUCCCUCCCCCUCACGCAUCGACAGAAACGCCUCACGCUCAUACUCGUCCAGCUCAGACACGCGCUCCGACACCUCCCGGCCCUGAAUUGUCACCCCUGUCUGAUCGUCGGUAUGGAACCCAUCAGGCCACAGACUCUCGUCGUACUCGAUGCGCUGGUCGAGCGUCGGCACGUUGCCCGUGCCCUCCACCAACACCUUAUGACGCGCGCCAGAUGGACAGAGCGUGAAGCCCUGCUCGUCCUGCCGCUGCUGAGAGCCGCCACUCGGCACACCACCUGCACACAUGCACCCACCGUGUGUGCGGCGAUACGUGUCUGUGUAUGUCCGUUCCUCUGUCCGUACCAUCUUGCUGCUGCUGCUGGUGGUGGUGGUGGUAGUGGUGCUGCUGGCCGAACACGAACGGCGCCACCUGCCCCAGGACGACACGGGCCAGCUGGGUGGUCAGGGGGAAGCGGUCCUUGAAGGGCGCAUCACGACUCACACCAGACGCCGGUGGCUCGGUCGUCUUGACCUCUACAGUCACUGCAAUCACUGAAUGAGAGAGAGUAAGAAAGAGCGGCAAGAAGCGCUCCUUUCUUACCGUUGUGGAGGGAUAUUCGCCACCCCUCCCCCACCCGUCCAAACUCCACGUCAGAGUCCCUCCCGAUGUAAAUCCACGCCACGAAGGGGUGGCUGCUGUCAGUGAGCACCAGCCAUCGCUCAUUCGCAUGGUCGCCGGGGGUGGUGGUCGCCACAGUGCACCCCUCCACAGAUGUUUGGGGCGACUGGGUCAGCAGGGCAUCCAGACGGCCGCCACCGACACGACUGACCGAUCCAAGAAAACACACACAUCAAAGAAGACGCAGCAUAUCCCAGCUCCCUGGUCAUCCUGUCUGUCACCUGUCGAGGAUCUUCUCUGCUGUGCGAUGCAUCCGGUGAGUCUUCUCGAAGUAGGUGAGGAUCUUGUUCGUGGCAAACGCCGACACCGACGCAAUGGGGGCCUGCCCCCAUCCAGAACCCCCCACCCAUCUGCUGCUCCUCGUGGAGUAUACGAUGUCGCCAUACGCUGGGGGGUCGUGCUCGAGUGUGUGCUGCCGACCCGCCGGACCCGGUCGGCCGAUGGACAGUUUGAAGGCGGGCUCGUCAUUGAUGACCCGCACCUGAUCGCCGUGGCGGAACAGCUGGAGCCGGCUGCCGUCGCUGAACUGCACAUGACGGCCAACCAUCAUCAGCUGCGCCACUACUGGAGCAACCGACGCCUGCACCCACCCCACCCCCCCACCCACCAACACACACGCAGAGAGAGCAAGAGAGAGAAAUUAGGCCAUCUUUCACCUCCCGCCCUUAGGUGUUCUCACCUUGUUGGCCUCGUAGGCCUUGAGGUCGUCAGCAGUGGGUUUGAUGGGCAGGUUGCAGUAGCCGCAGUUCUGUGCCACCUGCACCAUGCCGUUGACCUCGGCCCACGAGUGGCCCUCCUGCAUGAUGCGCAGCGCCCGCCGCUGGUCCUCCUUACUCAGCCCCACGAACUCGACCACACCAGUGAGGCCCUUGUUGUCGAUGGCCUUGAGCAGCUGACAGAGUAGGAGGCAAAGACGGUGACUCCGUGUUGGUCCUGCUGGUGUGCGUUGUCUGACCUGCUGGGCCACAUCGCCGCUCGGCUGAGGACCAUUCGCCAAACCACCUGCACACAGGCAGGGCCACCACACAGACAGAUCUCGUUGUGUGUGUGGCUGAUGGGUGUUUCGACACUGUCGGCACCUACCAGCAGCACUGUCGUCCAGCCGGGGAUGCUUGCCGCCUCCCGUGGCCGCCUGCAGACACAUGAACAGAUAGAUGGAAGCAUCCAAACAGCCCCACCCCGCCCCUCGGCGUCAAUCUUCGCUCACCGAGCCUGACUGCCCAUCACCCGGGGCGCUUCUUUUCCUGUCCGACAUCUCGCUCGGGGGGGAUGCACCGACAGAAACGCCUCACAGGCUCACAGAUCUGCCACCGUGCAGGCACACGCGCACAGAUGUGUGUGUGUGUGUUUAAAGUCUUGACGCUUACGUCUACGGAACAGAGAAUCUGAGGCGUACACCCACUGCGCGGGGCCCCAGGCCCUCC